GUUCAGCAGUGAACACUGACACCAAAAGCAGGGAACGCCAGAGAGCAGCCUGCAGUGAAAAGUCGGAGCUGUGUGUGGCAGGCGGACACGGCAGCAGAGAGCAGUAGGGAGAGUAAGACUCAGAGGACGUGUUGGGGCAUGGCUGGGACAAUGCAAUUCCUGGCUUGGCUAAUGGUAGCCAUCUGCCUCCUCCCAGGGGUGACCACAACCCAGCACUAUGCAGGGCAGCCCAUGAACAGCGCCAGCGUGGGAGGUGGCCUGCAGGAGCCAGAGGCCCCGGAAGUGAUGUUUGAGCUGCUCUGGGCUGGGCUGGAGCUGGAUGUCAUGGGGCAGCUGUACAUCCAGGACGAGGAACUGGCAUCUACACGUCCAGGCCGCCGACUCACGUUCCUCCUGCAGCGCCACGUGCCCAGUGACGUGGAAGGUGCCAAGCAGCAGCUGCAGCAGUUCCAGAACCUGCGGAAGGGGCCUCCUCUUAGCCCUUGGGACUUUGAACAUCUGCUCCUCACAGGCCUGUCCUGUGUCUACCGGCUCCACAAGGCUAGAGAGGCUGAGGAGAGGGGUCGCUGGGCCCAGGUCUUCGCCCUCCUGGCACAGGAAACACUCUGGGACCUGUGCAAGGGCUUCUGCCCCCAGGGCCAGCCCCCUUCUCUGGGGCCCUGGGCCUUGAUCCUUGACCCCUUCCCCUGACCCUCCCCCAGCCAGACCCAUCCUGGGCAGAGACUUCCAUCUGGCACCUGCUUCAUCCCACUGUGCUCAGGCCUCUGGGCAUGGCUUGUACCCUGGAUCCCAGCUUACCUCUCUCCCAUCUUCUUCCCUGGGCCCUGACAGGCUAAGAACCCAGACUCUGGGUCCCAGGCAGCAGGCACAGAGCUAAAGGCAGGACUUGCAGGCAGUAUGUGUGUGUGUGUGUGUUGGGGUCAGAGUUGAGAAGCGUGUUUAAGAGAUGCUGAAAGGGAAGCUGCCCCCAAGUAAGGCCAGGUCAGACCCUCCAACUCCCCCACGUGGCAGUCCAUGAGUGGUCCUGUGGACUCUACAGGACCUUUUAAGUGCUCAGCACCCAGUCCUAAUUUAGAUACUCUUUUUAAGCCCAACCAAUGCUCUGGGGUCCCCGAGCCUCCAAGUUCCCCAUUUGGGCUAGAAGAACAAAAUGGAUUUUAGUUCAAUCUGUUGGAGGAGUGGAGGGAAGAAGGUGGAGGAAAUGUUUUUUUGGUCCAUCUCAACAGGCUCAGAUGAACACCUCAGAGGAGGGAGUGAGGCUGGGAGGAGAUUGAGAGAGACAAGCUGAGGCUGGCUGGCGUAGCCCUGCUCCUGUGUAGCUGUCCCAUAAAAUGUUCUGUUCUGGCCUCCUGGA